AUGGCGUCCACGCCCACGACGGGUUUCAUCUCGCCGUCUCGGCGCGCGCGACGCACGCCGGCGUCGCGCCCGAUCUACUCCUCGGACUCGUCCGACGAUGGCGCGGACCUGUGGAGUAGAUCUGUCGCGAAGAUGCUGCGAGGGAAGGCGAGCGCGUCGCGGUUCGUGCGCGACGCGGACGCGGCGCCGCCGCGGACGCGCCUCAAGCUGCGGUACGAGGACGACGACGCGGAGACGGAGACGGAGGAUCAUCUCGAGGAGGAGGAAGACGUCGACGAGGACGCGACCGAGGACGCGACGACGGACGACGAGGACGAUGAGAGAAUUAGGGCGAAUCCGCGCGGGUUCCGAUCGGAGCCGCGGGCGGGACGGACGCGCCCGGGCUCGAGCUCGCGGGGGCCCCGCGAGCGUCGCGAUCGCGAGCCCGCGUCGGGGGGGUCGAUGUCCUCGAGGACGAAAACGCGCGGCGGCGACCGCGGAGGGAGGCGGGUCGCGCAGACGGAGCGCAAGCCGCCGCGGAGCGCGGGAGGGGGAGGGCGUCGACAUCGAUUCUUCGACGUCGACGCCGACAACGACGACGACGCGGCGCCCGCGUCGCUCGAGCGAUCGUUCGUGGACGCCGCGCGCGCGAUGCGCGCCAUCAAGUCGGACCUCAGGAUCAUAUCCGACCGCGUCGACCGCGUCGCCGCCGCGAGCGCGUCGAAGCGACGGGGCGGGGGCGGGGGAGGAGGACGCGCGCGCGGCGGGCGCCGGCUGUUCGACGACGACGACGACGACGACGACGACGCGUUCGCGCUCGACGGAACGCCGCGGUCGGGGCCGUUUUCGGCGGCGUCAGGGCGCGGCGGCGGCGGCGGCGGCGGCGGCGGCGUGGACGACGACGCGUGGACGAGAGAUACCGCGGAGGAUGGCGUACUCGCGCGCGUCGCGGCGUUGGAGAACACGCUCGCGUAUCGAGCCGCCGACGCGGCGACGCUGCGCGCGAGGGGCCACCGCGGCGGGGACCGCGGCGGGGACGGGGACGGGGACGGGGACGGGGACGGGGACGGCGGGGUCGAGCGCGAGCGCCGCGACGGACGCGACCGAGGAGGGAGGCGCGGCGACGCGCCCGCGAACGAGCGCCGCGCGCGCGGGACGACGACGCCGGCGGCGGCGGAGGAGAACAAGAACGAGAAGACGCGCGGCGGCGUCCUCGAGAGCGUCGUGAACCUGACGCGACUCGUCCUCACCGCGGCGAUGGCGUUCGCCGCCGCGUGCCUCGUCAUCGCGCUGGUGGACCUCGUGCUGACGCCGGAGGACGCCUUCGUGCGGUACUACGCGAUGGAGGGCGCUGAUGGAUGGGCGACGGCGACGCCGCGCGUGGCGGCGUUGCUGCGCGGGACGUCGAACGCGCUCUCUGCCGUCGCGACGCGCGUCGUUCGCGCGUUCGACGAAGACUUGGACGCGCCGGCGUGUCGGCCGAGUUGA